AAUUCAUAGCGAGUCACAUUUACGAAUAGAGCUUAAAAGAACUGAAGGUCCAUUGAGAAGUCAAGAAAAUAGCGAAGGUGUAGAAAAUUUCGCUAAUGUAAUUACAGAAUUAUUGAUGCAAAUAGAAACUCAAAAUGUGGAAAUAAUUGAGUUAAAAAAAAGAAUAG